AUGGCCUUUAACAACAUGCCCAAGUUCGGUUUGUCUUGGGCGAAUAAAAACAGCUUUGACAUUAACAAUUUUAUUAACCGAAAUGUCGGCUGGUACUACUCGUGGGACGCGACGCCGGGCUGGAAGAACGCUACUACUGACAUUACAUUCUGCCCUAUGCUUUGGGGUGCAAAGAAUGCGCAGGAUUUCAACCGCCGCGUCACACAGGACCCGAACGGUAAGUACAACCAAGGUAAGUGUGUGCUGGGCAUCAACGAGCCCAAUCAACGUGGCCAGGCAGACAUGUCGCCUCUAGAGGCAUGCUCCUUGAUGGCACAGUACGUUGUGCCGCUUAAGAUGCACGGCUUCCACAUUGUGUCACCCGCGACUACCAGCGCGCCGAGCGGCACGGACUGGAUGGACGAGUUCCGUACGACGUGCCCUGGCGUUUGGAGUGCGAUCGACUCUGUGGCACUGCACUUUUACGACACGUCCACGACAAAGUUUAAGAAAUAUGUCAAUGACUGGCAUGACCGCUACGGCAAGCCGAUCUGGGUCACAGAGUACGCUUGCCAGAACUUUAACGGCGGCGCGCAAUGCUCAACCCAGAAGACAGUCGACUUCCACUUGGAAAUGGGCAAUUGGUUUGAGCAGCAGGACUUUGUCCAGGCGUAUGCGCCUUUUGGUGUGAUGCGAGAGAUGCAGGGUGUCUCGGCGCCCAACAGGCUCAUCCAGAACGACCAGCCUAACCUGCUGUUCAAUGCACUUACGUCGUAG